CUUUACAUUGCAAUGGUUCGUAAUAAAAAACCGAUGAAACAUAUCAGAAGUAGAAAAUUAACGGAUCGGUUGAUCAUUUCGUUGGCAUUUGUCAUCAUUCUAAUAACAAUAUUGAUAACAUUUUAUAUCAAUGUGUGCAUGCAAAUGACUAAAAGAAAGACAGUCGAAAAAUCGAAUUAUAUUCCGGGUCACCCACUCAAAACUGAUUUCCAAAAGAAUGAUGAACAGUCUAAAAUUAUAACCAGUGAUCGAUUGAUCGAAUCGAAUGCUGAAUGCAUUGACACAACCGAUACAUUUCCCGACAUACACGAUGCCAUUGACAAAUUGCAAGAUGAACAAUUUGGUGAUAUAACAUCAACAACUCAAAUAAAUCCGGCUCCAAAUCCAACACUUGGUGAAUUACUGCAUAUGAAAAUCACUAACGAAACGACCAGCUUGGAGUUGUUUCACAUGCAAAUCACCGCACAUGAAAUGUAUCCAGAAAAUUCAACGGUAGUCGAACAACUACUGAAUGAUAUGGCGACUUUACCCAUUGCAAAAGUUGAUGAAAAGGAUGGUGGCUCACAACUGAAACUGACUAUUAAUUAUCGAAAUGGAAUGACUGCUCUCUUUAAACCAAAGCGAUGUGAUAUAAAUGUACCAAAUCCCCAAAAUCAAAUAUAUUUUUCCGAGUAUGAGCGUCACAAUAGUGAAAUUGCCGCUUUUUAUGUUGAUCGACUAUUAGGGUUUCGUCGCGCCUUGCCAACGACCGGCAGAACUAUAAACAUGAUUACAGAAAUAAUGAACAUCGGCAGUUCUUCAUUGAAGCAAACUUUUUUCAAAUCACCACCACCAGACGAAAAUAUUUGCUUCACCGGUCAUUGUCAACAGUAUUGUGAUUAUGAUACUCCCGUUUGCGGAGACGGUGAUCAGUUAGAAGGUUCUUUUAUGGCUUAUCUACCAGACGACAACGUGACAGAUCGACGUACCUAUUUUCAUCCAUAUCAACGCAGCUAUAGUAUGACCAAGAAAGCCGAAUGGGAAACGAAUCCAAAUUACUGCGAUGAAGUCAAGGGGAAUUUUCCCAUGGAGAGGGGACGUCACUUGUUGGAUUUCAUUGACACCGCAAUCUUGGAUUUUUUGAUUGGAAACCGAGAUCGACACAAUUAUCAAAUUUUUAAAAUAUUCUCGAGAGCUUUUCAUAUGCAUUAUGAUCAUGGAAGAUCAUUUGGUCAACCAUUCUACGACGAUCUCUCCAUUUUGGCACCACUUACGCAAUGUUGUGUGAUUCGAGUCUCAACACUUAAAAAACUACUGAAUUUUCAUCACGGUUCAAAGACGUUAUCAAUUGCUUUACGUGAGUCACUAAAAAAUGAUCCAGUUGCGCCAGUGUUGUCCGAAGCGAAUUUCAUGGCAUUAGAUCGUCGAGUUGAAGAAAUCCUGAAAGAAGUUCGAAAAUGCAUAGCCAAUAAACCUGCCAAAGGUGUUAUCAUUUUACAUUAGAAAAUCAAUAUUUAUUUUUAUACAGAAGUUAGUAAUAGUAUUUGAGAUUGUUUUUAAUGUGUGUUACGUCUCUCAAAUUGAAAAAAUUGUAUAUUUAUAGUUAUGUAAAUUUUACCGCUCAUUUCCAUUUGAAAUGUUAUUUCAAUUAAGACGUCACAUUCACACAUCAUAGUUUGUGCUAGUUUGUACUAGCCAUUCAAGAGAUAAAAUCGUAUUUUAACAUACACACACAGUUACUGUGAAAUCUUGCCUGUAUAGUAGCCAUAAUACGCAACACUGCAUUGAAUGGAACUUGAGCAAGCAGCGAGAGGAAGAGGAACAAAAGGAUGUGUAUGUGUGUUUGAGUGUGUAUUUGUAGAUUACCUUAUUCAAA